AUGGUUUCAUGGCUGGAGGUGUGCGACAUGCUGGCAAAGCGGCUUGAGGAAGGCCAAGGCAUUCUGUUAUGCUGCAUGACAGGUGCUCACAAGAGUGCUGCUUUGGCCUGUGGCCUGGUUAUGUAUUUGACUGGAACCGCAUUUGACAAAGCAGAGACCUACUUGUGUAGCUUGAGGAAUUGUGUGGACCUUUCCUUCAAGCCACCUGGGAGAAGCCCCCGAUCAGCCUCGGAUUGGUUGUUAGAGUGGCAAGACCGCAUCCUUGCAGAGGCCUGGACGUUUGACAUAUGCCAGGUUCUGAGCCCGCAUGCCUUCCGAAAGAAGGCAAUCCAGGUUGGCUUUGAGGCGAUGCAUACACGCCCUAAAGCCAAGGCAGCAAAGACAGGGUCUGGGGAGCAGGAUCCUGGUUACAGCAGUGGUGGCUUUGAACAUGGCUUCUCCACGGUUUCAAGCCAAGAGCUGAACAGCUCAAUGGAGUCGGAGGCUUCUUGGGGCUUCACACCUUCUUUGAAACGCUCCUUGCCUACCGCCUCUGGCGAUGGUUUUCUGGUUCUGAAGGACGAACUGGCAAGCAAAAAGAUGCGGGCUGCGAAGCUUAACCAGCUAUGCGCAGACCUUGAAGCGUUGGACAGCAAAAUGAUGGUGCUCUUGAUGCCUGCAGACAAAGUAGCGAUGCCCAGCGUAGCCCAGCAGAAGCAGGCCACUGCAGAGCCGACUGCGCCAAAUGUCAAAGAGCAAGGAGGCUUGAAUGCUGCAGCUGCCGACCAACCAGAGCAGCCCGAGGCUAGGGCCUCAGCGGAUGUAGGCCAGGUUGCCGCUGCAGACAAAGUUCCGGCCACUACCCAGGUUGCUGACGAGCCUGCGGAGAAGCCUGCUGACCAAGCAGACAUAUGUGACAUAGACGUGCCAGACCAGAAGGAUGACGGCGGCAAUGUGGAGAUGGAAGCUCAGAAGGAGGACGCUCACUGUCAAGGAGGAGAGUUCCAAGUUGAUUACGCCCCUGAUGAGCCUGCAGCCAACUCGAAGAAGCAGGGAGCAGCAGCGAGUGACUGUGGACGGUCUGUUUUGGAGGGUGAGAAGCAGCCACUGGACCACUCUCUCAGGAACCAAGACUCCGAGGUUAUGUCCAGGGUUCUGGAGCUCCUGGAAGAGCAGCGCUUGCAGAGGCAAGCUGUGUUGGCCAGGUCUGAAGAGGAGUUGACCCGCCAGACCCUGCAAGUGGAAGCCCUCAGGGCGUUGUUGGGGCCUGAGCCCCUGACAGUCUUGGACCUUUUGGUUGAUGUCGGGCCGAGCGUCGUGCUGGCCUUGAGUGACAGCGAUGGCAGAACCUUGCUGCACCACGCAGCGCGGAUUGGGGCAUGGCAGGUGGCUGAACGCCUUGUCUCAAUCAACCCACACGUCUGCGACCAAUUCACCUCCCCGAGCGGGAGGCCCGCGCACUGGUCUCUCCUCAUGGUCUUUAUUGACUCAGGGUGGCCCGGCCUGUCGGAGUCGCAAUAUAUGGGCCUUCUGCACCUGCUGGUGAACAACAGCUCGCUGGCGACCGUGGAAGCAAGGGCUGCGAACGGAAUGAGUGCUUUGCAUAUGUCAUGCAGCAAAGGCAUGAACCGGACAACGAGAAAAGUUGUCUGGGCGAUGCACAAUAAAGCGACAGGCAACGAGGCGGCCUUUGGCCUGGUUUCUUCCCUGCUGAACCAGCCUGAUGCCCGCGGACGGGGCUGUGUUGAUUUGGCGCUGGGGUGCAACGUGGGCUUGGCGAUGUGGCUCCAAAGGCAUUGGAAUGCAAGGCCGCUGCAGCCGCCUCCUCGAGCUUCAGCGCAGGAGUGGUAUGAUCGCAACCCUUGGUACCAGCGGCGGGACUGGCUCUAG